GGUACCUGCGCCUGGGAUGCUCGGAGCGCGUGGACUGGCCCGGGGGAGGUCGGGGCAGCGCCGCGGAGCCCCCGGGGUCUGCAAACCGCAGACAGGGCCGCCGGGCCGACCGCGUGCUCCUCCUCCCGCCGCGGGCAGCGCCGGGCACCGGAUGACUCCCCUUCCGGCACCUCCACCUGGAUGGACUUCCCCAGCUCCCUGCGUCCCUCCUUGUUUAUGGCUGGUCCCCUUGGCAUGACUGAUGGCCCUGACCUGUCCUUCAUGUGCAGCUGGAGAGAUAGACUGACCCUGCCACAGAACUGCAAGGAUGAGACAUUGUCCUUGACCAAGGAUCUGCUGUGGGAACCAACAACACCAGGACCCCUCCCUCUGUUGCCUCCCAGUCCCGAUCCUUGGGACCCUGGCGUGACCGCACGGGACCUCCUUUUCAGAGGUGGUUACCACUACCGGCGCCAUCCCCAGGUUGUGCUGGAUGAGACUGAGCAGCUCAGCCGCUUCCUGUGGGAUCAUGGGGACAUAGCCUUUGCACCUCUGGGGAAGCUGAUGCUGGAGAACUUCAGGCUGGAAGGAAACCGGAAUUACUCAAAGAAGAUGACAGUGGUCAGCGCCAAGAAGCUGCUCCAGGACCUCGGUGGACACCAGCCCUGGGGGUGCCCUUGGGCUUCCCUCAGCCACCGGCUGCGGCGCUUUUCCAUCCUCGGGAGCCCUGUCCUGAGCAGGUCAGUGUCACUGCUCCUGGACAGGCUGCUGCAUGAGGAGCUGGCUGUGCGGUGGGAGCAGCUGCUACUGGACGAGGCCUUCACGGGGGGUGCCUUGGCCUGGCUGCCUGGCAGGACCCCACGGGCCAGACAGCUGGUCUACCCUAGUGGAGGUGCCCUGGACAGGCUGUAUUUCCAAGAGGUCAGUCUGACAUCAGGUGGCAACCCCCGGGUCCUCAGAGACCCCGGGCAUAUCCAGCUGCGGGGACCUGUGCGGCAAGUGGUGACUAGCACUGUCCAAGGAGAAAGUAAGACCCCUCCUUUCCUUCCCGUUCCCUGCCCAGCUGCACCCCUUGUCCCAGCACGUGUACACAUGCCAGGCCUGACCUCCCUGUCCUCCCCAGCUCUUCUGGCCAUCCGCUCAGACUACCACUGUGCCGUGUGGAAGGUCAGUGAACAGGUGCAGCCAGCACCCCUGCAGGUGCUGCAAGUUGAGAAAGGGGCCACCGGGAUCAGCCUCAGCCCUCACCUACCAGGGGAGCUGGCUACCUGCAGCCGUUCUGGAGCCGUGUGCCUGUGGACCCCCCAGGACGGGCUGCAGCUAGUCUACAAGGACCCUGAGACACUUGCCUUCCGUGAUCCUUCUCCCUGGAGAUGGGCAGACUUCACUGCCCACCCUCGGGUGCUGACUGUGGGUGACCGCACCGGAGUGAAAAUGGUUGACACUCGGGGCCCCUGGGGCUGUGGGCUGCUGCUGUUCCGAGCUGGAGCUGAGGCCUCUUGCCAGAAGGGAGAGCGCGUACUGCUUGCCCAGUACCUGGGGCAGCUGGGCCUCGAGUGGCCUCCUCUGCAUCUCAUCUGCACCCAGUUCUCAAUCUACCUGAUGGAUGAACGCCUCCCCAUGGUGCCAAUGCUCAAGUGGGACCAUGGCCUGCCCUCUGCACCCCUGCUGGCCCGCCUUCUGCCCCCAGCUGCCCCUGGCUGCCCAGUGCCCCUGCUGCUGGGGGGUCAGGGUGGGCAGCUUCAGCUGUUGCACAUAGCAGGAGCUGAGUCCUCCAUGCCCCGACUGGCGGGACCCCCCAAGUCUCUGCCCUCCAUCACUGACUCCCUCUCCGCAUUUCCCCCACUGGAACCCAAGAACCAGCAGCAGCUGCAGGAACGCCUGGAGGCACCCGUCAUAGGUCUGGCUGCUGCCCCACCCUGUGCCUCUGCUCAGCUGCUGUCAGUCUUCCAACUUUCUGCCGCUGGGGACGUCUUCUACCAGCAGCUCCAACCAGCCUCCAGCCUCGGAGGAGGAUGCCCACCCAUCCUCCCAGCAGAUUGCUCUGCACAUGGGGCAGCUGCUGUGGAUCAGGUGCCCACAUCCUCCUGGACCCCCAAGGACAACGCCUGCUGCAGCCGCUGGCUGGAGACCCUCCUGCACCUGCCUCCCACUCCCCCUGUGUGGGCUGCCCCCACCUUCUCCCACCGCAGGCUUCUAGGCCACAUGGAGCUACAGAAGAGCCAGGGGACCAUGUCACAGAGGCUCCGAGCAGCAAUGGCCAGGGGGCAGCUCCUGCGACCAGAGGACCUGGGCACACGCCCCAUGGCAGAGCCACCCCCGGCACCUGAGUGCAGCCAGCAGGAUGAGCUAACAGAGCGCCUGACGGAAGCCUGGGCAGGCCGGGCAGCUGCCUGGUGGGAGGGGCAGCGGGGCCGGACCUCGGGGCCCCAGACACAGGCCAAGCGGCCCAAGCGCCGGACUCAGCUGUCCAGCACCUUCUCCUCGCUUAAAAGCCACUUGGACCACCCAGAUACCAGCAGCCCCCCUCAGAGCCCAGACUGGGUGACCACUGAGGCCAGGCCUCGGCCCCCAGGCACUCCGCCUUCUCAGGAGUCAACUCAGGAGCUAUGGGCCCAGCGAGUGCGACGGGAGCGGCGACAGACUGUCCGAGACUUCAUGGCCAAGCUGCCACUUCAGAAGGACACACCAGGAUGUGUGGGCACACCCCCCUCCCAGGCCUCCAGCCUCCAGGUUACCCCCUCCCAGCAGCAGACCCCUGCCCUCUCUGGCUCCCAGCCUCCCCGGAAGAAGCCACGCAUGGGCUUCUGAGAGAGUGGGGGGGCCAUGCCUGCCACCUGGGCUUAGCCAACAGGUCUCCGGGACAGAGCCUCUGCCUCCCGAAAGCCAGCGCGCACUUGGGGACCCAAAACCAGUUUGAAGCCAUGCUGAAGGACUAGCACAAAAAUGUCACCUGUGUUUUGUAUAUCCGUCUGCAGGUGACGCCAAGGCCAGCCACAGAUGGUGCCUCAGUGUCACUGCUGGGACUCUAGGCGACAGUGUGGGCUGGAAAGCUGGGCCUGGGUCAGCAUUUGCCUCCCACCCUGACAGGAAGCUGCUGGGUGUGGGCAGCAGCAGCUCUUGUGGGUCUGUGAAGCAGUCCACGUGGGAGCCAGUGUUUCAUAGCACAGAACGCCUUGGCAGCUCCCAGUUCAGGAUCUGAAUAAACCUGUCCACGCUCUGUGUCUA